CUUUGAUGAUGAUCUUUAAUUGAAUGAAUUAGAUUUUCUGUCUCAUAAUCUCUUUCCUUAAAAUGCUAGGAUAAGUUAAUUUAAGUCAUUCGCGAUAUAACAGAGGGAGAAGUAUAUUUCCGGUUAGUCUGAUGUUCACAUUUCACAAUCAAGUAUGUGGAAAUGACGAUUAACACUAUUAUGCCAUAAAGUCUCAUUCACGAAUAUGGCAAGGAUUGGUUUAAAAAGAGAUAUAAUCGUCGUUUCGUUAACUGAGAAUCUAUGGAUUCACACAACAUUUUGUUUAUUGAUUCAAGACAAAAAUAAAUUAUAUGAGAUUUAAUAAGAAAGGAAGAUGACAAAGUUUUUACAUUUUUUUGUCAUUCUAGUAUCUUUAAACAAUUCCUUCCAGAAAGAAGAAAUGAAUUCAAAGACGACAAAAAUAUUUUUCAGACCUUUAUUUAUAAUAGUCAGUUUUGUCAUCAUCUGGUGUGUAAUUUAUCUUCCAAUCAACAGCUCCCGUUCUCAUCCACCAGACACUAGGUGGAUGUUAUAUAAUAGAGAUUUACAUCAGUAUGUUCUUCCGGAAAAUGUUACAACAAUAUUAGAACCUAAAUUAAAUUGUAGAAAUAAUUCUUCAAAAAGUUUAUUUUUACUUGUAAUUGUAUGUUCUUCCGUAACAAAUUUUGCACCUCGUCAAGCCAUUAGAGAAACUUGGGCUACUGCUAAGGUUCCCGAAACCAUGAAAAUUCUAUUUCUUUUGGGUAAGUCAGAAAAUGACACACAGAAUGCUGCUGUAAUGGAAGAAAAUGCAAAUUAUUCUGAUAUAAUUCAAGAAAACUUUUUAGAUACUUAUAAUAAUUUAACUGUGAAGUCAACAAUGCUGUUAAAAUGGGUGAACGAUAGUUGUCGCCAAGCCAAAUACGUAAUGAAGACAGAUGAUGAUAUGUUCGUUCAUUUGCCAAAUCUAGUUAAAUUUUUAAAAAAUAGUACUCAAAAACAUUUGUUAGUUGGUUGUCUCAUAAGUGGUGCCGUUCCCAUUAAAGACUGGCAUUCCAAGUGGUAUGUUCCAGAUAAUGUAUAUUCUGAAUAUACGUAUCCAAAUUACUUAUCUGGGACAGGUUAUGUAAUGUCAGAUAAUAUUGUAUCUACAUUAUAUAAUACUGCUUUAAAUACUCCUUUGUUUUACUUAGAAGAUAUUUUCAUUACAGGAAUAUGUGCUCGUAAAGCCGGCAUCAAACCGGUAAAUAACAACGGAUUUAAAUUCUAUAAACGUAAAAAUGAUCCAUGUAUUUUUCAGAAAAUAAUUACAAGUCACAAAAUGACACCGUCUGAACUUCGCGAGAUAUGGAAGAAAGUCAACAGUCCGUCCAUUAAGUGUGUCCGAAAACGUUUAGCCACAUUAAAACACCGUACUUAGGGCUUUCCAUUUUUAUCUUGCCAAAUAGAAAGGAUUUUUAUAAUUGUUAUUAGUGAUCUAUAUUAUGUCUGGAUUAAAAA